AUGUCCCGCCGAGCAUCCCCAAGGUACCACCUCCCAGAUGGGCACGGCAGCCAGGCGAGCCUGGCACUCCCCACCACCACCACCAGCAUAGCCGAGCAAAACUUCUCCCACUCCAAGGAGCCCCACAAGGAGACACUUUGGCUGCCGUCGCUUUCCAGCCAACAUUCCCGGGGCUCCACGCAAAGACAAAGCCACGCUUUAAACUUUCGCUCCUCGCCCCCGGAGCGGAUCCUCUGCCGGGAGCCGCUCGGUGGGUGGGGGUGGGAGAAUCUCUCGCCGCCGCCGCCGCCGCCUCCUCCUCCGCCACCUCCUCCUCCUCCCCAGCAGCGCCGGUCACUGACGGGCCGGGUGUGCGGCGCGGCUCCCUCGCCCGGUCCCCGCCUCCCCGCUCGCCUCGCUCCCUCCUCCCGCCGCCGGCCCGAGCCGCGCUCGCUCGGCUCUGAGCGGAGCCGGGCGCUGCCGCCGCGGCCGCCCCGCCACAGCCACGGGGGGAGGAGGCGGCAGCGCGCCUGCGCCGCCGGGCGCUGCCGACGAGGGAGGGAGGGAUGGACCCGCCGCUUUCCCGGCUCCGAGGCCGGCCCACCUUCUCCAGCCUCUUUUGGACAGAACGUGCUGGCACCAUCCUGCUCCAAACCCGUGAGCCCCAGUGGUGGAGGAUCCCUGUGGAGCAAGCCCAAGACAAUGCAUCCUUCCAGUAACUCCUGUAAAAGUGCACAAGAGACUUUGAACAAAAACAUGGCCUGAAGAAAGUUAAUGAAGUUGUUAAUAGUCUGUGUCACAAAUGAGAAGACUGUGGAUGAUUCUGGUUUUUUCCUUCAGGCCUUGAUGAGUCAUGAAAAUUAUAGAAAGCUAAUUUUUCUAAUGGAGCAGGUUCUGUAAGUAAAAGAGGAAAAAUGAAGGAAAAAACUAAAAUACAGACAUUUGAUGACAAGAGCUACUACUGGUGGUGACCAGUGUGUUGUAAGCUGGAAUUUUCAUGAAUCUUAAUGAACAUUUUGACCUAAUUUACAGAGUUUUCCUUGUUAAUUAACUUUUUUAGAAAGGUCAAACCCUUUUUUCCAUUAAAGGUCAUGUACUUCAACUAAGAAAUAUUUUCUCAUCUACAGAACAAUACAGCAACAUAAAAUUCAGGUGUUUUUCGUUCUGAACAUAUUAAUGGAUCAUGAGAAAUAUGCAUGGAGUAUUUCACACCCCUUUGCCCUGUCUUCAUAAAAUAACUCCUUUGUGUGUGUGUGUGUGUGUGAAUGAUUCCAGGGUUAUGCAGUUAUCCAGCAGCAGGCUCAUCCACUGGAGCCUGGAGAUGGAGGUAAUUUCACACAGAAGGCAAAUGACAUUUCAAAAACCCACGUGGACCUGAGAAUUGUGAGAGAAGUGUGAGAAGAAUGCUCCUUAUAAAACAAGGUUGCCAUAUUUAGAUAAAAACCUUGUUUUCAGUAUCAGAAAUGCUGUGAACGUUUCAGUUGAAUUAUGCAGCUUUAUUGCUUCUGAAAAUGGUUGCACCUCUUGGUCAGUCAGGUCAAGUGGUACCUAAGGGCUCAUGGGCCUUACAUCAAGCACACCUAAAGCAGGAAUGGCACUGCAGGAAUAUUGACAUUUUCAAAUCAUUCUUCCUAUUUGAAUAACAGCUGAAUGAACUGCCCCUUAAAAAACCCAAACAACCUAAAGAAAGAAAACAGAAAAUGAUUUUUCAUUAAAAUGGAAUCUACUCAGAAAUAUUGAAAGGACACAGCAAACUAGAGUGGUCACAGGACUUGCAAUAAUGUGGGGGAAAAAAAACUACCAAUAUCCUAAUUGGGGAAUUUCUCUGACAGGAAGCUAGAAUCCAUUCCACUUCACUAUUUCUUCAUGCAAACUACAUAAAAUAUUUUAUAAAACCUGAGUGAUUUCCAUCACAGAAUUUUGGCAAUGCAAAG